CUUUUAUAUAUUUUCCUCAAUUCCUCUCUUGGUCUCUUGACAACCUUCAAAAUCUUUUUGUAACUAUAAGUAAGAUAUUACCACAAAAUCCAAUUCCCCAACCUCAAUCUCACACCUCACACCUCAGCCCAAAAUAUCUCCAAUUCCAAUUCCACAUUCACAUCCACAUCCAGAAUGGGCAUCUCCCACAGCACCGCGCGAUACGUCGCUCCCCUCUCCUUCCUCAUCGACUUCGCCGCUCAGCAAUACGGCAUGCUUUCCUCCCCCAACAUGAAAGAUAUCCACGAUGCGCAUCUUUCCUUUUGGUCUCCCCAACCAUACGCCAUCGCACUAUUCUUUUUCCCGCAACAGAUAUUCCAAUUAGUAUGGUUAUAUCGAUUGUGGAAAUUAGAUCCGAAGAAAAGUAUUAAGGAGAAGGAGGAGGUGGAUAAAAUGAUGGAUUUUGUACCCUUUUAUUGCGUGGGGAAUUUGUGUAUUGCUUCCUGGAUGAUUUUCUGGAACUCCGCAUCCCUCAAAACCGCAAAUGUAUUCGUCCUCAUCAAUUCCCUCACCCAACUCUACUACAUAUUUGCCCGUCAACCCACCAUGAACACCCAAUCCACCUCUUCCAUCCUCACGCACGUAGUUUCCAAAACGUUCGCCGGAAUCGGUGUUUUGGAUCUCCUCCACAACGGAUCGGUAGCCUAUUUUGACCACGAGGGACCUUCCACCGCCGUCAAAAUCGUUACAGGAUUGGGAUUCGGUAUGUUAGCUAGCAAUAGUGAUUGGAUUUUCGGCGGAUGUUUAGUGUAUGAUUUAGUCGCGUUAGCGGUGGGUCAGAGACAGAUUAGAGAGACGGGGUGGAGUAACUUGUUGGGGGUUUAUGCGCUGGGUACGGCGGGCUUGGUGGGAUUGAGAAAUUGGGCGAGGCCGCCUUAUGUUUCGAAGGUGGAUGGAUAUGAGGCUACUCCGUCUGAUGAUGAGGAUAGUAUUGUUGUCUAGGGAGUGAGUUAUUGGAUUCAUCGCUUAUAGGAGGAUCAAGUAUAUAUAUAUAACACUACUGUAUAGUUUGGAUUGACAAAAGUCAAUGAAUACUCGAUUGAC